CAUCUGGUGGAGGCCAGAAUUUCGGACCCAAUUUGCACAAUGCAGUUUUACAUCUUUCCGUAGCCGAUGCAAUAAUGUAUAUAGGCACACGGAAAAUCGGGAUCUGGCCGUUUGUUGAGGAGUGUGGUGUUACUGUUUAUUUACAUAAUUUAUAAAUUUUAUUUAAAGUGUAAAUAGCCAGAUUUAUAUACAUUUAUUUAUAAAAUUUAUUAAUAUAAUAUAGUCUUGAAAUUCUUGGAUUAGAACGUUCCCAAAAAUGUUACUUCUAUAUUAUCCAUAUUAUGGAGACUGAAAUAUUAGUCAGAUGGACAAAAAAUGUUACUUCUAUAUUAUCCAUAUUAUGGAGACUGAAAUAUUAGUCAGAUGGACAAAAAAUGGUCGCAGAGUAUCGCAGAAUCAAAAUCAACCUAAGUAUCGCUCUGUAAACGGCUGUAGUGAUUCAACUAUUAGAGAUCUGAAUUGUGAAACUAUUCAUCGUAAGCCAUUUUCAUUGUCUGGGAGUAGUGAUGAUGAAAUGAUUGAUAUAACUUCAGGAGGAGAAAGUAUGGAUUGUCAUUUGGAGCAGUCUCGUGCUUCACAUAGUGAACCUGAACAGCUGAAAUAUUAUGCUAUGAGAGAGCUUCCUGACUCUAGUAGUGAUUCUGAUAAUGAGUUUACUAAACUACAAGGUUCUGGAGGGCCACAAGAUAUGGAGGAAUUGCCUCCAGGCAUUGGUCAGUAUGAUGACUUUCACACAAUUGACUGGCAGCGAGAUAUUGCUAGAGAUCGCAUGAGGCAUCGGUAUAUAGUGAAGAAGAGAGGAGAAUCCAUAUGCGAUUUAAUACGAGGCUUUCAUGAUGCAUGGUCAGGUUGGUUAUGUGUCCUGCUUGCUGGUUUAGCUGCUGGGGUAGUGUCUGGCAUAAUUGAUAUUGGUGCUGGUUGGAUGAAGGAUUUAAAAGAAGGUAUCUGUCCACAAGCAUUUUGGCUCAAUCGUGAGCAGUGUUGUUGGAGUUCAAAUGAUACUUUCUAUGAAGGAGACAAAUGUGCUCAGUGGCAUACAUGGCCUGAGGAGUUUGGCUAUACAAGUCAAAAUUUUGGCACAGUCAUCAUUGAAUUUAUCAUGUAUAUCUUGUGGAGCUUGCUGUUUGCUUCUCUUGCUGUUUUAUUAGUCAAAACAUUUGCACCCUAUGCUUGUGGCUCAGGAAUACCUGAGAUCAAAACCAUUCUGAGUGGUUUUAUCAUUAGGGGAUACCUAGGAAAGUGGACACUUACUAUUAAAUCAGUUUGUAUGAUGCUUGCUGUAGCUGCUGGUCUCAGUUUAGGCAAGGAAGGUCCACUUGUUCAUGUUGCCUGUUGCAUAGGUAACAUUUUUUCAUAUCUUUUCCCAAAAUAUGGGAAAAAUGAAGCCAAAAAAAGGGAGAUACUUUCAGCUGCAUCAGCUGCUGGUGUUUCUGUUGCAUUUGGUGCACCUAUUGGUGGUGUUCUUUUUAGUUUAGAAGAAGUUAGUUAUUACUUUCCUUUAAAGACCCUGUGGCGUUCCUUCUUUUGUGCAUUAGUUGCAGCAUUUGUCCUCAGGUCCAUCAAUCCCUUUGGAAAUGAUCAUCUAGUGAUGUUUUAUGUUGAAAAAACUCGACCAUGGAUUUUCUUUGAACUUGUUCCUUUUGUUCUCCUGGGAAUAUUAGGGGGUAUUGUUGGUUCAAUAUUCAUUAAAGGAAAUAUCAGAUGGUGCAAAUUUCGGAAAGAAUCAAAGCUUGGGCAGUAUCCUAUUUCAGAGGUGCUUGUGAUAACUCUUAUCAGUGCUGUCAUAAAUUUUCCCAACAAAUACACUCGAAUGAAUAUGAGUGAUUUGAUCAAACUGUUAUUCAGUCAGUGUGGCAUUGCCAAUGUGUCACCUCUAUGUGAUUAUAAUCGGAAUUUCACUAAGGUAAAUGAUCCAGUUGAGAUGGCUGAGGCUAACAGAGGAGUAUAUGAAUCAUUGGCAACAUUGUCAUUAGCUCUUGUUUCCAAGCUUGUGAUAACAAUCUUUACUUUUGGAAUAAAGGUACCUGCUGGCCUUUUUAUUCCUAGCAUGACAAUGGGAGCCAUCAUGGGCAGAAUGAUUGGAAUUGGUAUGGAACAAAUAGCUAUGUCAUACAGCCAUUUGCAUAUCUUUCAAAAGGCUUGCCCUGAAGGUCAGAGUUGCAUGACACCAGGUUUAUAUGCUAUGGUUGGGGCUGCAGCCUGUUUAGCUGGAGUUACUAGAAUGACAGUAUCUCUGGUUGUGAUUAUGUUUGAAUUAACUGGAAGUGUGAACCACAUUGUCCCACUUAUGGCUGCAGUUAUGGCCAGUAAAUGGGUUGGAGAUGCUCUUGGUAAAGAAGGAAUCUAUGAUGCACAUAUUCAUUUAAAUGGAUAUCCGUUUUUGGAUAGUAAAGAAGAAUUUACUCAUACAACUUUAGCUGCUGAUGUAAUGAGACCAAAGAGGAAUGAAGGUCCUUUGUGUGUCAUUACUCAAGACAGUAUGACAGUGGACAACAUAGAGACUCUCUUAAAUACAACUGACCAUAAUGGAUUUCCAGUGAUAGUGUCAACAGAAUCUCAGUAUUUGGUUGGUUUUGUAUUACGACGUGAUUUAAGUUUGGCUAUUGCAAGCGCCAAAAGAACUCAAGAAGGUGUUGUUGGAAAUUCCAGAGUUAUUUUCACGAGCCAUAUACCUACCCCAUGGAAUGGGCCUCCCCCUGUGAAACUUCGUAAAAUUUUAGAUUUGGCUCCUAUCACUAUUACUGAUCAGACACCAAUGGAAACAGUCAUUGACAUGUUCCGUAAACUUGGCUUACGGCAAACACUCGUUAUACAUAAUGGGCGUUUGCUGGGCAUCAUAACUAAAAAAGAUGUGCUUAGACACAUUAAGCAACUGGCUAAUCAAGAUCCUGAAUCUGUGUUGUUCAAUUAAGAGCAUUUCCCUUAUGUGCUGCAUUUUAUUGUACAAAUCCAUAUUUUUCAUUUUAUCUAUCAGCUCUUGAAAAUUUUUGAUAAUGGUACUGUUAUUGUAUGACAGGCAAUUCUGACUGUUUAGUAUCCCCAGGAUAUACUACUCUGUCAUAUACUGUGGCAGUUGGGUUAUAUUUUCUAGAAUCAGCUGACCUCUGCCAUGUUAAUAAUUAGGUCAGUGACAGUGACACAUGUGCUUAAAAUUUAAAUCACCUAGCUAUUUCCCUAGUUUGUUAAAAUCAUGGACUUGAGUUGAAGGUAUGGAGGUCGUUUCAUGUGUUCAUCUGCUAGUCUGAGUUUUAUUGAUGAAGAUAAUUUUUUAUGUUGCAGCAAGCAUUUUGUUAUUUAUUAUAACUUGUGUUUCUGUGAUUAGUUAGUUGCCUAAUGUUUCUAAUAUUCGCUGAUGUUGAUGAUAUUUAUAGCUUCUCAUUUUUAUUGCUGUGUACAUAUGCUUGUGAGUCAACAUGAAAUUCAGCUGAAAACUUGUAGAUCUUGUCAUAAAGUCAAAUUCAUUGAAGUUAUUCAUGUAUGAAAUCUGCUAAAUGUAAACACACACACAAUAUAUAUAUAUAUAUGCAUAAAACAUUAUAUUGAUAAAAUAAUCUGCUUAAUUUUCAUUAAUAAAAUCGCUAGAGAAAUUAAAUGUGGUUCUGAAGUUGUAUUUAACUGUAAUCUCAAGUGCUUUAACUAUAAGCUCUUAAUGUAAACUGUGUUUUGGAACUGAAAAAUUAGUCAAAUUUUUUAAUAUGUCUAACGUGUUGAUAUUCUCUGAAGUUUGAAAGAAAAUAUUGAUCUCCAUAAAUCUUUAGUUUGUAUGGUUGGUAAUUUCUCAUUAAGACUUUUAGCAUCGCAUAAAUCAACACUGUCCAAAUGAAAACGAUGUUAACCUUAAACACAUCUACUGCUGUGCAAUGAAAUUCAGAAGGUCACCGUUGAUAACCUUAUCAUCCAAACAUAGUGCAAAAGUGACUAAAAAUUAUCAACCCUAUCAUAAACUAACUCCAGUUUUGUGCUAAUUUAAAUUCAUUCACUAUUUCGGUAAGUCUAAAUAAGCAUGAUGAUCGUAUGCUUAUUGUAUGUGUGUAAAAGUUGUUAUUUUAUGAUUUUUAAUUUUAUAGUUCCAGUUUUUUAAACUUCUUUCUUGAAUGUAAAUUUAUGUAAAGAAAAUAUUUUUCUCAGUAUUCAUAAAUUAUAUUUUGUACGUAAAAGAUGUUAGAAAAUUACUUUUCGACUCUGAAAUGGAUUUUAGAAAAUUUUAGAAAAAGUUUUCUCCUUAUUUUUUAUAUAUUCAAUAUCAAUCAACGUUAUACUGUAUUUUUUAAAGAUCCUUCAAAGUAUCAAAAUUGUUUGGUAUGUUUCAUGUGUCCUAUAUUGAAUUUCCUCUUUCUAGUAUUUCACCAAGUAAAUACUCUAAAAUGUUCAUUCCUAAACAUGAUCAUUAGAUGUUAAAUGUAAUUUCAAAAGCUCAUUUAACCAGAUAAGCUCUACACAUUUACCCAGUUUUGAUCUAGAACACUUAGAGAUGAGUGUUGUGAAGUCAUUGUAUGCCAUGUAUUGCAAUUUGCCAUCAUUGCCGGAGUAUUUGUACCUGCAAAUUUAAUGGUUAGCAACAAACAUAAUGUGAUUUGCUAAUUUAAAGAUGUAGAUGCUUGUUAAUGAUUCUUUAAACUCAAUCAUAAAAAUGUUUCUGAAAUCUUGAAUUUAAUAUUACUUUCUCAUGUCCUCAUAAGUCUGUUAGCUACCAUUUUGAAAAGUAAGAACUAUCCUAAUGCAUAAAAUAUAAAUUUAUUAAAAUUUUUAUUUUCCUCCCAGGUAUUUUACAAAAAUAAUAUUCAAAACUUGUCGCCGAAUGCUGAACUAGUAACUUUCAGAAUAUCUCUUGAGGAAUAUAGAUUUUCCAACGCAUUUUGAAAUAUGAUGUUUAUAACUAUACACACCAUAAAAUUUAUUGCUUAGUUUAUAUUUUAAAAUGUCAGGUUAUCUUAAAAAAUGCCUUGUAUAUUUUAAAUCAGUCCUAAGGCUUUGUCAGAUUUUUAUUGUUUAACAUUUGUAGCUUGAGUGUACUAUUUUUGCACUCUUCUAACAUAAAACUUUUAAUAUAAAAAUCUAAUGCAUAUAUGUCAACUCAAACAAAAAUUACAUUUUGAGGAUGUCUAGAUACCAUUAAAAUUUCAGUUUAAAUCUUAAAAUUAAUUUAAUGUGUUGGCAAUUGACUUCCAGUAUUAAAGUGAUGCACAGAUUUUCUUAGUUCUUUCCUAUUAAAUUUAAGAGUUCUCUGUUUGCAGUUUCAAAAGCAUUGUUUAUGUUUUUAUUACUUAUUUAUUCCGUAAAGGUACUGAAUGUAAAUUUAGUAGUUUCAAAAUUUACAUUGAUUCAUUUAUAUAUGUAGAUUUUAUGUUAGUGACUAUUAAAAAUGUUACAUUAUUUAAAUUGUCCAAAAAUAUUACAUGUAACCUUUUUGCAUUUAUGAGGCAACUCUCAGUCAGAACUGUGUGUAAUGCAACAAAUCAACUGAGAAUUGUGCAUUUUGUGUAAAAGGUUAAUAUUUGUCAGAUUAACUACAAGUAUACUAACUGCCAUACUUUAAUUUGAAUAUUUUAGUCUUUAAGUACCAUUUAGCAUGUUAGGUUAAAGCGCUUAUUUAAAAUUCUAGUUUGAAUAAUACUUUUUUCUUUAAUUAAUAAAACAAACCAUUGUGACACAUAAUUGGAAUCUUUAUGAGUUAAUGCAAACCUUUUGUUCAUUCCAAAGCUACGUUAUUUCUUAGAAAUGCUGUACUGUAAAUUCCCGUGCAGUAUUAUGUGUGUAUGUGACGAUCGACCAAAGGAUUAAUAGAUGCCUACAAACACACACACACACAUAUAUAUAUAUAUAGGCGAGUUCUUGUGUUUGAAUUUGUUUUGAUUACUACGCAGGUAAAGACCACUAUGUCAAAUACUGAAUGUUUCAAAUUGCAUUAAUCAGCAAAUUUCUUAAUGUAAUACAGUAGAAUUCCUAUAAUCUGUUCUGAAUGUAAACAAAAAAAAAUAUUAAUUUUCAGAAAAUUCAGUGGCAAUUUUUCUUUAUGCAUAUGGAAAUCAAUUUUUUAAUAAAAAACACAAUAACAUAUUUUGAUUGAAAAAGCAAAUUUACUAUGUUAUUGAAGUGAGCCGAACAAAUUUUCAGUGCUCUGUUUUUAUAAUAAAUGCAGAUCAUGAAUCUCGGCAAAUCAUUUGCUUUAACCCAUUAAUCGCCAAAACUACAAGGAAUGCUUCCUUUCUCAUGAAAAUAAUAACAAAUAUUAAAUUAAGCAUUUGUAACAUAAAUUUACAUUGAAAAUUAAAAAAAAAAAAAAAAAA